UUUCCCCUCUCCAAUCGACUGUCAACCUGACAGCAAAGUACUUUGUCACCGUCGAAUUCCAGUGUACAAUCACCAAUAAUUUUCCUAAUCGUAAUACUCUUUUAGUGUCAGCAGUACUUAGAAAAGAUGUCCUUAAUCGGGAAGCUUCAUGAUGACAGCAUUCCGCUGGCGGAUGACGAUCCACAAGUGAUCAUCAACGAUGAAAACGAUCCCCAAAACAUUCCAAACGGCCGCUCAAUGGAUUCGCUCCAAUCAUCCUACACAAAUCGUAGCUCAAGCCCAGACAUCCCGCACUCACUUGAACCCGAUAUCAGCCCCGACGAGAAAGAGGAAAAAGCUCGAUUGAUCUCGCAAGUUCUCGAGCUGCAAAACACUCUGGAUGAUCUGUCGCAACGCGUGGACAGUGUGAAGGAAGAAAAUCUCAAACUACGUUCGGAAAAUCAAGUUCUCGGACAAUAUAUUGAAAAUCUCAUGUCCGCAUCGUCCGUUUUUCAAUCAACAAGUCCAAAUGCUAAGAAGAAGUAAAUGUAGGCGCAAGGCUAGCAGUAGCAAAUCGAUGUAUAUGAAUUUAUAUGAUAUGAAAGGAAGCGCGCUCGUGCUGAUCGUGCCAGGGAGUAUUUAGAUUGGAGCAGAACAUUACAGUUAUAAGGGAAAUUUGAAGGUGUUAUCGAUGUCGCUAGGAGCUGAAUAAUUUUUCUUCACAUCUCGAAUAUAAUAUAGACGCAACAAUGCUUAAAUUCCUAGGCGGCGGAACCUAAUCAGUUCUGUGCCAUGACAAAUGAUUGCUUUGGAUGCACCGUCAUUCUAUUAGUGAGACAACAACUUUCAGCGACAAUAUUAUUUCGUCUUUUACAGCGUUCAAAUGCACUUCAUGAUAUAUACAAACAUGAUAUUGUUCGAUUUUUUUCUUAUUUAUUAAAUGAUUAAGUUAUUAUUCACUCUAGGUCUAACAUUUGUAAUCAUAUUGCUUAUUUUACACGUUUAAAAUAUAUACAUUAAAGCUUUAA